UCGUUUCUCUAGUUAAUAAAUACGCAUCGAAACAUCAAAAUUACGAACCUGCCCUUUUCUUCUCCUCCUCAAUCAGGCUCAAUUUUCUCAAUUGAGUCUCUAAUCUUCAGUUACAGGAACUCGCUUCACUUGGCCCCUCUAUAUUUUUCCAAUUUCCAUUUUUUCUCUUGAAUUAGCUUCGCUUGACAAUAAAACUUGGAUAAUCGCAUUUCAAUUAGCUAUGUUUCGAUAAUAAUUUUCUGAACUUUCUUUGUUUGGUGGUAUAGAUUUUAGUUGUUCAAUUGAAACAGGGUGGCUCUGAUUAAGAAAUGAUAAUGGAGGUGGAUUUUGUUACAAGUGAUAUUGUACAAGAAGAGACUAUUGAUGCGGAUAAUGUAAAUUUCAAGAUUAUUCUAAUUUUGAGGGUGAAAGAUGUGGGAUAUGUAUGGACAUUGUCUUUGACCGAGGGGUCCUUGAUUGCUGUCAACACUGGUUCUGUUUUACUUGCAUAGACAACUGGGCCACAAUCACUAACCUUUGCCCACUUUGCCAGAAUGAGUUCCAAUUGAUCACAUGUGUUCCAGUAUAUGAUACAAUUGGAAGCAAUAAGGUUGAUGAUGAUUCAUUUUCCAGGGAUGAUGAUUGGUGUGUUGAAGGAAAGAACAAUACUCUCUCUUUCCCAUCCUACUAUAUUGAUGAGAAUUUAUCUGCUUGGAUGGAGAUGAAUGCAAAAUCCGAAGUGGAUCAGCAAAUAUGGAAGAGGACUCUAAUUUGGAUACCUCAAUUGCUUGUGAUUCUUGUGACAUUUGGUACCAUGCCUUCUGUGUGGGCUUUGAUCCUGAAGGUACAUCUGAGGAUACAUGGUUAUGCCCAAGUUUCUGUUUGCUAUAGAUGUGUGGCUGGUAAAGUACCACAGAAAUUUGAUGCAACUUCAAUACAGAGGCCAACCAAGCAGUGCGGUGCAGAAAGUUGUUAUACUAGCUCUUUACCUGAGGCUACCUUUUCUGGGAAGUUAUCUGUAUCUGUUGCUGAUGCUGGAGAAACAGCUGUUGUUGUUUCAAUGGUCGAUGAAGACAAAAGGAGUGAAGAGGCCAGUGAGAAAUUUUGUUCAGUCCUUGAAGUUGAUAAGAACUUGAAUUUUGAUGCUGUUGAUGGCAAUAGUCUUAAGGAAGAAACACCUUCUGGUGAAAAGAAUGAAAUUCAACCAAUCAUGGAGGGACAGGGACUCGAACUGUCCUUAUCACAUGAUACAUCUUUGGUCCUUAGCGAGUUGAAAUCAAGUUGUGCUGAUUCAGCUGUCAAUCCACCAAACAGCAACGAUGAUGUUAAUAGUUGUUUGAGAAAGUUGCUCAAUGACUCCAAUGCUGGAAAUAAAUUGUCUGAAAGUGAAACCAGUAUAGGUCUUCAUCUUGGUUUGUCUGUCAGCUCUUUUUUGUCUGUUAAUCACAUGAAGAAUAAUGGAACUGAGGACCAAGGAGCUGGGGAUAUAGAGCAGAAAAACCUUGCAGAAGAACCUUUGUUAAGAGAGGAGAAGAUUUUAUGUGAUGCUAAUGAGGAGGCUGUCAAAAUGAUUGGCUUAAAAAGAACGCAAAUGGAUCGCAGUUUUCAUGGUCUUAGGAUUACUGCUGAUAAGGAAGAUAAUGCUAAGGAUGAAGAUGCAGCCCCUGAAAAGAAAAUUAGAACCAAGGGCAAGUUUCAAAUGGAAUCUAUGGACCAAUUUAAUAAAUUACUUCGUGAUGAUUCCCACAUAUGUCCUGCUCAGGUAGCAGUUUCCAAAGAUGUCAAAUCAAAAAAAUCUCCAGAAAAGGAAGAUGUCUGUUCUGAUAUAAUGAGAAUAGUCAAAUCGAUUAGACGUAGACCUUCUAGGGGGCUUGCAAAUCAGAGUUCUGUUGAUAAAUCUUCAAAGGAAAGAGAAAGUGCAGCUGGCUUGAGAGUCAAAAAGAUCAUGAGGAGAGACACAAAGGACAAGGAGUCAUCUAGUGUAGUUCAAAAACUCAGAACAGAAAUAAGAGAAGCGGUGCGUAAAAAGGCCUCUGUAGAUAUUGGGGAAAGCCUCUUUGAUCCAAAGCUUCUUGCUGCUUUCCGUACUGCUGUAGCAGGAGCCACAACUGAAGCUAUUGAGAAAUUACCUCCUUCUGCUCUGAAGGCAAAAAAAUCUUUGCUGCAGAAGGGUAAAAUUCGUGAAAGUCUGACAAAGAAAAUUUAUGGCAAUACUAAUGGAAGACGUAAACGGGCAUGGGACCGGGAAUGUGAGGUUGAGUUUUGGAAGCACCGCUGCAUGAGGGCAACAAAGCCUGAAAAAAUUGCAACUUUGAAGUCAGUUCUCAACCUCCUGAGAAAGAACCCAGAAGGCCCCGAAAUUGAACAGGCAUCUCAGUCUCAGGUGGCAAAUCCCAUUCUUUCUAGAUUGUAUUUGGCAGAUACAUCUGUUUUUCCAAGAAAGGACGAUAUAAAACCUCUCUCAGCCCUUAAAGCUGCAAGUGACUCCGAGCAGAGUCGAGGACAACACAUUUCAAUAGAAAAAGGUCAAAAUCCAUCUCUUGAUGACCGUACACAAAAAGUUUCAGAAACAAAUAAAGUUUCUUCAAAGCUUUCUGCUCCUUCAGUUCAUGAUAAAGCGCCUAAGGAUAAAGUUCCAGUCUUAAAGUAUAAAGCUGCUUCCAGUAAAGCACAUCCUGACAAAGCCUCAAAUGGUUCUUUACAAGCUUUAUUAGGUGGUUCUAAGGUCAAUUCAUUGAAGGAAACAGGUAGUCAAUCUGAUGAUAAAAAACUUGACAAAAGAAAAUGGGCUUUAGAGGUACUUGCAAGAAAAAAGGCUGCAACAGGAACAGUUGCAAUGCAAGAAAAACAGGAGGACAAUGCUAUUCUUAAAGGAUACCCCUUACUAGCUCAACUGCCGAUAGACAUGAGACCAGUACUGGCACCAAGUCGCCAUAAUAAAGUCCCUGUAUCAGUUAGGCAGACACAGCUUUACCGUCUGACAGAACACUUCUUGAGGAAAGCAAAUUUGCCGGAGAUUCGCAGAACAGCAGAAACAGAAUUAGCUGUUGCAGAUGCAAUCAAUAUUGAGAAGGAGGUUGCUGAUAAAUCAAACAGCAAACUAGUAUAUUUGAACCUUUGUUCUCAGGAAAUAUUGCGUCGAUCAGAUAACAGUGAAUCAAUUAGAGCCAAGUUAUCAAAUCCUUCACCUAUUCCAUUGCAGCCUGUUGACCAAUCUGAACAAGCUAGUGAAAUUCAAACUGAUUCUGCCAUCAGGGAUGCAUUAAAAAAUGCAGGGCUUUUAUCUGAUUCUCCUCCAAGUAGUCCACGUCAUAAUAAGGAGACUUCUAAUGAAGUAGGCAAUCCCUCGAUCCAGAACAAUGAAGAAGGGCCUGAUAAUAUACUUGAAAUAGACUCUCAGCCAGAGGUGGAUAUAUACGGUGAUUUUGACUAUGAUUUAGAAGAUGAAGACUACAUUGGUGCUGCUGCUAUAAAAGUCCCAAAGGCACCACCAGAAGAAACUGAGUCAAGGAUGAAAGUAGUCUUCUCCACUCUUAAACAUGAAAGCAUAAUUGAUGUUCAAAAGUUUGAAGAUAGUAACAGAUCAGAGGAUAUCAAAGAGCUCAAGCACUCUCCCUCACAGCAAAAAGGUCAUAUAGAUGCAGAGAUCAUUGGCUCAAUAAAAGAGGGUGGGAAUGAUAGUUCUUGUUUUCCUCCGGCGACCUUGCUCUGUGAGGAAGGUAUGGAACCUUCUCUUGCAGAAUGUGAAGAAUUAUAUGGCCCAGACAAGGAACCACUGAUGCACAAAUACCCAGAAGACGCAUCAAAAGAACUAGAUGGACUAUUUUAUGCUGAAGCUUCAGAUGAAAAAAAAGUAUCAGGCCAAGUUAAGCCAACAAGUGUUGCCUCAAGUGGUCAGACCUCAUGCAAUGGAGAAAAUUCAUCCAACCUUUCAGGAACAAGCGAGAAUAUUCCAAGGAAGGACAUACCUAAAAUUGAAGCAAAUAGGCAGUGUGAUGCUAUGAAUUCUGUUUCAAAGAAGGUUGAAACCUAUAUCAAAGAGCACAUCAGACCACUCUGUAAAAGUGGCAUAAUCACUGCUGAACAAUAUAGGUGGGCUGUUGCAAAAACAAGUGAUAAAGUUAUGAAAUACCACCUGAAUGCCAAGAAUGCAAAUUUCUUAAUCAAGGAAGGUGAGAAAGUCAAGAAACUUGCUGAGCAGUAUGUUGAGACUGCACAGCAAAAGGAAAAGAGCGAUAUGCUAUGAUUACAGUCUGGCGAUCAACCCAAUAUUUUCAGGGCUGUCAAUUUAUUUCCUGUUCUUCAAAGCUGCUGCUGCCUCCUGUUCUUUUUGGGUUCUCGAAAUCAAAUGUUUUCAGAUACUUUAAGCAUACAGCAUAACUUGUCAUGGAUCCUGCCACAAUACAUCAGAAAUAUGAGGUGGUUGUCUUGAGCCACAACUCAAUACCUAGGUCUAGCCCCCAUGUAUAUUGUGUGCUGAGCUGCUCGUGUCUAGCUGAUGGAUGGGAGGAAGUGUAAACUUUUCAGUUGAAUCCAAUAGAAUCUACACUCUGCGCAUGGAUUCGCCUUCAUAUCUAGUGGAUUUGCUCCGAUUGCAGGAGUAAAGAAAUCAAAGGAAAUGUGUUCUGCAAGAUAGUGGUAAUAGCUGCAGAACCACUAGAAUAAUAACGGUUCAAAAGUAAGCGGCAGAGUGCAGAAUGAUGUAGCCUCUAGUGGAUGUGAACGGAAGAAAGGAUUUGCAGUAGGCGAAAAUGAAUCCGGAUGUGGGUAAUGUGUAUGGAUAAGUGACUGAUGAAUUGCAGUAGAGGCCAACUACUUGCAUAAGCUUAGGUUGUUCGAGGAAUUAUUAAGUAGCCAUGGCCAUUUGCAAUCUGGAAAUUUGAUCAAAAGGACCACAGAAUGGUCCUAUCUGUUGAACGAUGGCUGUGAACUAACUAGAUGUAUUACUAAUGAUAUUGAAGCUACCGUUUCAAAUA